UCCAUGUCUUUUUUUUAUUACACUGUCAUGUAAUAUUUUGCUAAGGUUGCUCUUAGGUGGAGUGAGCUCAUGUUUAUGCAUGCUGUUAAUGAAAUAAUAGCUCUAACUGUUUAUCUACUGUCUUUCUGUGACCAUUGUGACAUAUGCUAUCAGUUUUGAGUGUGCAAGCAAGUUCUUUGUUUGCCCUUUAUAUUUUCCCUUUGAGUGUGUACAAGCAUUUAUGGGUAAAAAAAAAUGCAGAUGAACAGGUUUAGAGAUCUUGGAUCUGACGUAAAAGGAUGAUCAUGUGGUUGAAGAUUUUCCCUGUGUGGCUGCAUUUCUGUUCCUAUACACUGCAUUUAAAGCAGCUCUGAAUUCAGAUAUACAGCAUAAAGAUUCCUCAGUUAGAAAUGAUAACAUUUUAUUUCUGUAAACAGCUUUGGUGAAGCUCAUAUUGUAUUACUUAAGAUUGACAAACGAUCGAGGUCUGUGCUGUAGACCAAAAGGAUCAAAGUUUUGUGUUACAUAAGAAGAUGGAUUAAACAAAAAGCAAUUUGGUGAGGUGUCAGAGUCUUUAUUCUGAUUGCCAGUCGUCUUUGGCAGGGAAAAAAAACAUUUGGCAUACAUCAGAGACUGUGAUACAACAUCUGAAGUUCCUGGUCUCAGUUACACGUUCACUCAGACCCCUUCUCAUGCUAGAUACCUGGCAAGAGUCAUGUUAUUAUUCACACAUUCAGCCCCAGAGACAAAAUGGCUUUCAGGACUACCACUGUCACUUUAUGUGUUGUUUUUGUAAAAAGGAAAUGUCCUUAAGCUAUUACAUAACAACUGUCUAGAAACCUACUGAAUAUGAAGUUUGCCUGUGAACGAUGUAUUAGGAAUAUAAUAAAAAAAAAAAGGUCUUUUAUCACAUCUCUUUUUACAUUUGACAGGAUGUCUUCAUUAUCAGGCGCAGACGUCCAAUGCAACAAUGGAGAUACUAUCUGUGAGAUCCGUGUAUACGAGCAGGAGGUGAUCAUUGUGCCCAUCUUGCUGCUGGCCAGCUUCCUGGUCACUCUGGUCUUCAUUAUCCUGCUGCGCUAUUGUCCAGAGAAAGUCAAUCGCAUCCGUCCACAGGCCAAAAAGUCGGCCUCCAGGAGAGUGCUGCAUGGCAUCAAUGCUCCACCAGGUAUCAAUGUCCUGGAGCAUGAAAGUAUCGCUCUGGACAUGCCCGAUUCGUACUCCACCUUCCACCCCCCGAACACUAACCCCUCCAAAAAACCCUCCAUAUUUGUGGAAACACCCUCUCCCCCGCUCAGCCCCCCACCACAGCCUUUUAAGCCCAGUUUCACUCCUAUCGUCCAGCCCAGAGAGUUGCCCCGUCAGAGGCUGCCCGAGUCCUUCAACCUGGUCACCCCUCUGCCUGUUCCCUUCUCCCUGCACUCCGACUCCUCUGUGUCCCUCUACAGGGCCCGAAUGGAUAACAGGAACGUGGUACUGCGAGUCCUAAAGGACUCUGCUGAUGCCACAGAAAGACACAACUUCCUGGGCUUUGCGUCCUUCCUGUCCCAGCUGGGACCACAUCCCUUCCUGCCAGAACUUCUUGGUGUGGUCUCACUUCGAGCUCCUCUGAUUACAGUUGUGGAAGAGCUGGAGAACAGAGACCUGCUCAGCUUCCUGUGGCGAUGCAGACAGGAACAUGUGAAUCCUCCUUGUGAGAUGACUGAGAGACGAAUAUUUACCUUGGCCAAACAGGUGGCCUCAGCUCUGGAGUUCCUUCACAGCAAAGAUCUUCUCCACGAAAACAUUCGUGCCCGCAGCGUACUGGUCACCAAGGACUUCACUGCCAAGCUUUGGGGCCUGCAUGGGGUCCACACAAGGAAGAACCAGGGAGCCACUCAGAGAGAUGAUUCCAGCAUGAAGAAAUGGCAGGCACCAGAGCUGUUAGCCAAGAAACCUGCUAGUCAGAGCAGCGACAUCUGGUCAUUUGGCAUCUUACUGUAUGAAAUGGCAACAUUGGGUGACGCUCCAUAUGCAGACAUCUCAGUAAAUGAGCUUCUGCAGUUUCAUCAACGAGGGAAAAGUCUAAAAAAACCUUCCAACUGUUCCAACACGCUAUACUCCAUCAUUAAGGGUUGUUGCCAGUGGAAGGAUCAAGAUCGACCCACUCUGGCUGAAGUGAGCCACAAGAUCCACUCAGGAGAGAAAAGUGCCUCUGACAAAGUCCUCAAGGUGUCUGGGACAGUUAACAUUGAGCAGUACCUGAAGGAAGCAGGAUACGGGGAAAAGAACAGCUACACUGUUUUCUGAUCACUGCCUGUGCCAGCAAAAUAAAUUGCAAUUUUCUCCCCAAUGGUGCACUUCUCCGAACAAUAAAAGUGUUCCAGACUUUUGCUUA